UUAACCUUUUUCUCUUUCUAAAUUCACCAUAAAAUAAAAAACAAAAUACUUCUUUGCACAACUUAUCGCAUGGCAAUGGCCAAAUGUUUCCGAGGAUCUCACUUGCCCUCCGCAACCAAGUUAAUGCAGUCAUUUCUAGCAUCUUGGCUCAGAGGAAGUCGCAAAUUUAGUCUACUGAACCAGAGAAUAAAUAAAUGGCAGUGCGCUGUUUUAUUUUAAACAAAAUACAAAUCCUAAACCUCACCCCAAUAUUCACCUCCUGCCCUCUCCAUCUACAACGAGGAGGUUGCAGGUUCACAUCUCUUCGACCGUAUCAGAAAUUACUUGCUGGGACGGUGCUCUCCAGGCCGUUAAACCAGCUAUGGGGGGGCAACAGGGAGGACUUAUCAGAAAUAGGGCAACAGAGAGGAGCAUCUUUACCAGCAAGAGCCCGAAGGAGGAGGUGGCAAAUGCCGACCGGGACGAAACCUUUGCCGGAAAAAGUAGAGAAGGAGCUGGAGCUGGAGGCGCAGAUUGGGAUCGAAGAGGAGAUACCGGAGGAUGACCAAGAGGUUUUGGAUAUAGCUGAAAUUCUUCGGCUUGAUGUUCCUAAUGCAAUGAAGGUGGCAUUGGACCGGUUGAAAGUCUCAACUUCCACUACAAGAGACACAUCAUUAGACAAUCUCAGUGCUUUUGACGUGGCAGAGCUAUCGAUAUUGCUAUGUAAUGAUAAUUUUAUUCGGAAACUAAAUAAAGAAUGGCGUGAUAAAGAUGAAGUAACAGAUGUUCUUUCAAUGUCCCAACAUAUUCCUGGAUUGCAAGAUCCAACUCUUAUGCUUGGGGACAUUGUUAUUUCUGUGGAGACAGCUGCUCGACAAGCCGAGGAAAGAGGACAGACUGUCAUUGAUGAGAUACGGAUCCUUAUGGUACAUGGGUUACUGCACCUUUUGGGAUACGAUCAUGAAUUGAGUGAGGAGGCUGAAAAAGAAAUGGAAAAUGAGGAAGAAUGUAUUCUGAGUAGUCUUGGUUGGAAAGGGAAAGGUUUAAUACAUAGUACUUAUGAAGAUUUUUGUGAAGAUACCAGCAUAGCAAGCACAAUGAAAGAAGAAGAAAGUUGAUGUUGGUGUUGUGAUUGCACAAUGCACACUUUUCAUAGGUAGAACAUAUCACAGUUGUUGGCCUUGUUCAUUUUCAGAUGGAGGGGAAUGCCAAGAAACAAGUGCCACGGAUUGAAAAUUUAAAGGUUGUGGAACUAUUUUCAAGUAUUCAAUUUUGACUGAUGUCCUUCAUACCUUUCAUUGAUCUCGUGUAAAAUUAGAGAGUAUUGGGAUUGUGAAUUGCAUUGAAACGGGGAGGCAUACAGGUGCACAAGCCCAAGUUUGGUUGUAUUAUUGCACAAUUUGCAAAUUUCUUCAUCUAUCUAAACAUUGUUGCUUUUGCUGAUCUUGUACACGUUUUAAUAAACAGCCAAAACAAAUAAUACCAAGAAUAGCAGAAAGAGAUAAGCAAUCUGCACAAGGGAAAACCCUGUUUUUGAA